AUGAACCGGAACAAUUCCACCACCUCUACAGCAUUCGUGGCGGCAUCGGUGCCGGCUAUCGGAAUUUGUCGUAUAUUCAUCCUAAUUACCAGCUUCAUUCUCAACUCCAUCGUUUUCACUGUGUACGUAACGCAAUCGAAAAUCCGCACGCCUUUCUCCGUUUAUAUAAUCUCCCUGGUAGUGAGCAAUAUUCUGGACGUUAUCCUCUUCUUCCCUUUUAUGAUCGCCAAUAAUCUCGGCACCAGCGAUAACCAUUUCAUUUUUGGUGAACCUGGCUGCGUGGUGUACGGCUACGGCAUCGCCAUAAUCCGCUCCUGUUGUUUGUGCUCACACGCCCUCAUCACACUAAACCGCAUCUGGGCCAUGACCUUUCCGAUUUCCUACAAAAAUAUUCACGGUUUCCGCUUUGCCAUUUGUGUGUGCAUUUUUGUCCUUAUCGCUGUCCAUUCGGUAAUGGUGCCCGGCGUGAUUCUGAACGAGAAGUUUCGGCCACGCCCCGUCAAAACAUAUGGCUGCUGGUAUCAAGUGCACGCCGAAUCGACAAUCAGCUCCAUCGGCAUUGUUUUAUUCUACAUAUUCCCGCUGAUAAUUCUCUCCUCGUAUCCGUAUUUGUUUUUUAAAUAUCUUCAGACCAAAAAGCGUAUUAUGGCGCAGGAUGCUCGUACGGGAGUACUCAGCGAGAACAAGGCCAGCCGCACCUUUGGGAUUGUGACGCUGUUAUCAUUCUGCACCAUUGUCUGCUGGUUGCCGGAAGAACUGGUCACGUUUUUGAUGAUGGCGACGUGGAGUAAAGGCAGUGUGCGGGCGUAUCCCAUCGUCAGCUUGCUGAGCUCCUUUCAAGUUUUGCUGGAUCCGUUGUUUCUUCUCAUCAGCUCCAAAGAUCUGCGUUACGGCUUGUUGAGUAUGGUCUGCGGUAGGAAGUAUAUGCAGGAGGAGGUGGCCACGCUGAACCUGGUGACGUUCGCCGCGCGCAGCAACACAAGGAAUUACACAAUUCAGUCGCAUGCUUAA